GCCGAACCCCCCACGCGCGGAUGUAAAUAUUUAGAUCGCGGCGCGGCGGGCGGACGGACGGGCGGACGCAUUAAGAAGCGCAGGCGGCGUCAGCUCACGAGGCCUUUGCCUUGCCGCAUAAUUAACUACGAAUCAUUAUUACCCGUUCAAGUGUUAGGUCGCAGUGGUUGAUUUAGCCUUCGCCGUUGUCAUGUCUGUGGAGAUGGACGAGCUCAGGCACCAGGUGAUGAUAAACCAGUUCGUGUUGACCGCGGGCUGUGCCGCGGACCAGGCGAAGCAGCUGCUGCAGGCGGCGCAUUGGCAGUUCGAGACUGCACUGAGUACGUUUUUUCAAGACGGGAAUAUGCCCCAAAGUCAUCAGUACCACCAGAUGAUGGGCACCCCAGCCAACACACCAGCAACGCCGCCAAAUUUUCCCGAUGCGCUGGCCAUGUUUUCGCGACUCAGGACAUCGGAAGCCCUCCAGGGUGGCAGCCCCGCUGCCAUGGCCACCUCACCGCCAGCCUUUGGCAGCUGUGGCGGCUACAGCAACUACGGUCAGCUAUGGGCCGCGUCCGCCUCUUCCCCACCCAGCAUGGGCGCUCGUGGCCCGAUGUCUGGUGGCACUGUGGCAGCUGCAGCAGCGAUGUCUCCUCCCCUCAUGCUCCAUCCCAGGAUGCAACCUGGAGCACCUGCACAAAUGCACUACCAGCAACCGCAAGGAAAUCACGUGCCAGAGGCAGAGAGAUGACUUUCAGCACGAAAGGACAACUUUUAGAUCUUGUGCAUUCAAGAUUACUUUUGCAUUGUAAUGGGACGGUUAUUGAAACGUGAAGAAAGCUUGGCUUAACUUUCAUUGUUGAUUUCCCUCUUUAUUUGGAAUUGCAGCGUUUUUGAAGGCCGCAAAAUUACAGAAUGGUUUGUCUUGUUUUAGUGCUGUGGUGAAGUAGUUAAUUAUGGUGUUCAUAAUAUUGGGUUUGCAGCAAGCCUGUGUGGUAUAAUUGCAUACUUCAUUUUGUGAAACACAUUUUGAUCAGGGAAAUGUUUAGCUGUCUGGUGUAAAUGUGCGUCAGCUCAUAACUUCGCUUUUUGGUAACGUGGUUUAAACCUCCCAUUAAGCUAAAUAAUGAGAAACAUUUUUUCAAAAUGUAUGCUGCAUCUUUGAUAUACUAUAGGCUUUUGUAAAAAAAAGGGAUUUUAAACAAAAAGCAUGAGAGUGCAAUGUUUAAAAAUUAAAUUUAGCAAAGGUCGUAACUGCACUUAUGUGAAUAAAAUCCGUUGAAUAAUUGCAUAGGAAUAGUUAUUGGUUCAUCAUUAGAGUUAUCUUGUUUUUAUACGUUUUGGAGGAAACUCGAUUAACUUUAAGUAUAACAAGUCUUUUAUUCUCAAUUUUCAUACAAGGAAAGUUCAGUUCUUAUCAGUAUUCCUCAGUGCUGUCAGUGUUUCUUCAUCGCUGACAAGGUGGUUAGUCACAUUUACAUUAUAUAUUUAAAAUGUAAUUUUAAAAACAUCUGAAUUAAAAUAUCUUUUUCUUUAAAUGAGAAGGUAUUGACAACAAAUUAUGAUAUUUGCCAUCAUGAAAUUGCUAUUAACUUGGACCUUUUUAAAAUCUACAAAUUGAGAUUACUCAAUUACUUAUAAAAUAAAAUUGUGAUUUCAUUGGCAAGGUGAUAUUAAAUGCUGUAGAAUUAAGUGUUGUAACUAACAUUGGGGAAAGAACAAGUUUAUAUCAUGCAAACAUGGCCUAUCGUUAGAACCGUUGACUAUCUCUUUUAUAAUGAUGAUUUUACAUUGAUAUUGAAACACUGGUCAGCACACCGAUAACCAGCAAUAACAUUGCAACAUCCAUUGCCAUCAAAACGUCACAUUUUCAUUUGUUUGUCAGGAAACAUUUAGAAAUGGCUGCCAUGGUUGGCAAUGUAGCACAUUGUUAAUAUAUUGUCAUUGAGUACGGUGGUUUUAAUAAUACAAUUUAUGUGCGAAAAAAUGAAAUAGCAUUCAUUGUCUUGGCUGUAUUUGUACAUCCUUUCACCUACAUAGUUUUGUAAAAUUUGUUUCCAUACAUAAAUCGUCCUUUCUUUUGGUCAGUCUUUUGUAUUAAAGUUUUCUACCUGCUUUUAUGGCCACAGGGCCAGCCGUGGUUUUCUUAGAGAGAAGGCAGGCUUUGAACUUGUUUGUUUUUCUUUCAUAAAGCACAGUUAAGACCCGCAUAAUAGCACUCCAGAUAAAGUCACCAGCUAAUUGUCAUAAAAUGUGACAAUAAGGCAUCUUAAUCAUGUUGGUUUAAUGCCUUUAAUGUCAUCUCCGUGAAAUCACCUCUGCAUAUUGUGAUGCAAUUUUGGAGACUCAAGUAGCAUAUUACGCGGGUUCCAAAGUAGCCUACUUAUUUCAUGGAAAUAGUUACUAAUGUAUCGCUUGUAGUGACCGAUUUAUGAUGUAUGUUCCUCGUGCUUUUGUCGUGCAUUGUCACAAACGUUUGGGAGCGCUGCAUUCAGAGAUUAGCGCAUGGCUUGUGUGAAAAAUAAAAUUCUUAGUUAUUUUUCACUUGGUGUGGUGGUUUUGUGAGAUUUCUCGAAUCUAGUCGUUUAAAGAUAAAACACAUGUCCAGUGUCAUGUUUCUGUGGUGGAAUUUUGUUUUGGUUUAAGAUAAUGUUUACGUGAAUGUAUGUUUGUUGAACUUAUUUUCGCACCGUACGUAGCCUGUCUUGCUAAUGUGAAGUGAUGUACACCUGCACCUAUUGCGACUGAUGUAAACAAAAUUCUGACGAAGCCUGACUCGAGUAAGCUGGAAUUCAGGUUAAGCCGAAUUUUGCUGGUCUCGGGAAACGGUAGGGUACAGCAUGAGCUAAUGCCUAUCUUGUUUAGGAAAUACUAUAUGAACGUAUUGGCGGUACACCUGUGCUCCGUAUAAAAUGCAAAUUUUUCUCAAUUCUUUGUUUUAUUUUAUUUCCAUUCUACGUGACUUUACCGAAAGAACCAAGAAGAAGCACCCAGCUUGAUGACGAUUGGCUCCGUGUUUUGACUCGUGUCAGAUUUCAAUUGUGCCCUAAACGUGGUGGGAUGGAAAGGGUUAGGUCAGGGUUAGAUAAAUACGAGCACUGACUUUUAAUGAACAAUUUGGUUCUUCAUGAGAUUUAUAUAUUGGCCUCAUUUAUCGUUGAUAUCACAAUAGCCCUAAUGAUCCCAAUACAACAAUUGGGUUCUUCAUGAGAGAUUUAUAUAUUGGCCUCGUCGUUGAUAUCACAAUAGCCCUUGUACUAUCCAUCGGCGGUUCAAGACGACGAAGACGAAGAUGGUGCUCUAGUCCCACCUGAGGCUCGUAAGGCACGCAAGAAAGCUGCUUUUGCCCCAGGAGCUCGAACCUCCUGGUCGGCCCAAAAAAUCGUGUGCCCCGGGCCUAAUAACGGUCAAUAUUGGCCUUUUUUAUAGCAAGUCUCAGUCGACUGAAUACACCUUCGGAUCGCGUCAAACUAGGUGACAGGGUCAAUUAAAGACUGAUCGCAGAUUUGUUGAUUAAAAUUUUGAUUUCAGGCUUUUAUCAUGUGUGUAAUGCUGCACCGGUGUACCGCCAAUACGUCCAUAUUCACUUAAUUAGAUUAGGGGGUGUUAAACUUUUCCCCUGACAAUUGUAAUUCAGUACAGCAAAUAUAACUGAUGCGCAUUUGUGUACCAGCAUUUCAUAAGCUCUUUAAAGCAUGCACUUAUCUAUCGUAUAGAAUUUGGUGAACCUGUGCCCUUGCAUGGGCACUUGUCCUUUCCUUUAGUGCUCUCAUUUUCCACAUUGUUUUUAUUUAAAAAUGUAACCUUCAGCCUUCCACGUCGAGUGAUGGUAAACUGUGCAGUACACGUGACCGAAUUUGUUUUCUUAAAAUGUAAGUAUUAAGUAGUAAAUAAUUAGUUACUCGCGUAUUAAAUGUUAUUUAAAUACGUUCCGGGUUAAUUACGUUAUUAAUGUAAUGUCGCUGUCGCAAGCAUGAAUUAUUGAAUUGCAGUGUGUCGGGCAACCUACGAAAUCAGAAAGCCUCUUCCCACACCCUACCACCAACCAUGAGUCCAGCUUCAGGAGGUCAAAAUGUACUGACAUAAAAACAAAAAAUGUCACUCCAGUCCAGUCAAGUCGUUUUUGUCGGUGACUAUAAAUGUAUAUUACGAGCAAAAAUGCAGUCUCUAUACCCUAACAUUGUGGGAAAAAUCAUACACAUACUGUCCAGUCUUAAGUCCUUUGAGUACACUAUAUAACAUUGCUGAAGAGGCAACUUAGAUGCAAAAUUAAAUGCAAUAUUCUUGUUUUCAUUUUAUAAUUGGUCUCUUAAUGGGUAUUAUACCGUAAACAGAAAGUAUUAAACAUUUACUAUAAUAAACAUGCAUAUUGUACACUUAAUAUGAAUCAUGGAAGCUGUGCAGUUAGUUGGUCUUUGUUUUACACUGCAGCAAUGCAGGUGCAUUUUAUAACGCACCCUGCACCUUGAAAAUCUAUUUAGGAAUAUUUAAAUAUUUGUGUUCAACUAAAAAUGGUCAUUUUAUGGAGAAUUGUCACCGGAGUGUAGCACCGUAAUCGCAUGACAGUACUGUACUGCACUGCACAUACGGCUUGCAUGCAUUGCCGUAGGAGGAGGAACUGGAUUUCUGCAAUUCCCCCAUGUACACAGCAAACGACACUAAGUGACAUUUAGUGGUGUGUGACCUUGGGAGGUGAUCACAUGAUAGGAAAAGUGCCACUGACCUUGUGACCGGAAGUUAGAUCAGCAUAACACAUGGAUCAUUCAUGAGGGGUAAUGGUAAUCCAUCACAGUUGGCAAGUGACCAGUUUCCAAGGCUUGCAACUGUUGUAGUUUGCGCAACGCCCUUUGGCAUGAAUGGAUAUGUAACAAUACUCUGACGUCACAUCACAGACAUUUAAAUCUGCACGGCACUUUCUGCACUAAUAUUUACAUACACAGUGAUUUUUUCGUACUGCACAUACUAUAGUUGUCCGUAACUUUUAUAGCUUUAAACUAUCACAAUCUAUCGACCAAUGUAGAUUCAGA